UACGUCCGCUAUGGGCUCGAGAUCAAGCUCCGCGUCAUUGAAGCUGCACGCAGAGGCGAUGUGUGGGAGGCCGUCGCAGAAGAGCUCGGAGUCAACUACAACACCGCGAGAGACUGGGUGCGUUACCACCAGGGGGCUGGCAUUUCGGUGGUGCCGCAAACCGUGAAGAAACAUGCCGACGGCGCGUGCUUCACGCCGAAGCAACUGCACAAGGAGCCGCAAUACAUGAACACCUUGGUGAACAAGCAGAAGCGCCGCGACUACCUUAUCCAGCUGCAGCAGUAUCAGGCC